AUGCAACAGUAUAGUGUUCGAGAGCUACACCUUACCUUCACGCAAGGUCGCUGGGAAUAUGAUAAAUGGGGAUAUCCACUUUCCUCUUCUGCUGGUACUGGAGUUGAACUUUGGGCAUGGUUAUGGAAGAAUGAAAAUUUAGAUGAUAAUUGGAAAUCAUUGACAAAUGCUUUAUCCGGUCUAUUUUGCGCCUCGUUAAACUUUAUAGAUGAAACGAAAACAGUGCAACCACAAUUGUCAUUUCGUCCUGAAGGACCAUAUAAUGAUACAGAGUUAUACGAUAGCGCAGAAUUAAGAACAGGUUCAUUACCACAUGAAAAUGUUUGUACUGAAAAUUUGACACCUUGGAUUAAAUUAUUACCUUGUAAAUCAACUGCUGGCAUAGCAUCAUUAGUAAAUGGACAUGAAUUAUACAACUCCAAUUUUCAUUCAAUGUCAAUUAACGUACGGCCAGUAUGUCAAGAUUCAGAGUGCACUCACCAACAAUUGGAAAUUUUACAAACAUUAUCUACGGUAAUUAAUCCUGUAAGGAACAAAGGAGUCAGAGAUUGGUCUCUAAGUGAAUUAUACAAUCGAAAAAUAUUGAGAGUAUGUCCAUUAGCCAACGAGAGUAAUUUGUUGUUAAUUAUACCAGAAGAAGGUGAUUUUGAGAUAAUACCAGAAGCUGAUCAGGUGAUCAAGGGCGAAACUAUAAAUCAAAAUAUAGCGAUUUAUGAUCUUAAGAAAGAUCCACAUAACUUACAGCUUUCAAUGAAAUGGAAUGAAACUCAAUUCACGUAUGAUAAUCAAGUCAUACUGCCUCAGGUGUUUGCACAUCGGUAUUUCUCUGGAUAUGGAGAAGAACGGGGCGGGAUCAAAGUGAACAUUUUCAAUAAGAGUCCUGAUCUCACAAUUCCAAUUAUAUAUUAUGAUGUAAUUCCAUGGUAUUUAAAAUUAUAUUUGCACACUUUAAAAGUAAGAAUCAAUGGAGUGGAGGUGAAUUCUAAAUCUAAAGAUUAUCCUAUCAAAGAUUUAUAUUAUCAACCAGCCAUGGAUCGUUCACGACCAGCUGUAAUUGAAGCAUUGAUUCAUUUACCAUCCAAUUCCAUAACCACCCUCUCAAUACUAUUCGACAAAGUAUUUUUAAAAUAUACUGAACAUCCGCCUGAUGCUAAUCGAGGAUUUGAUGUUGGAUCUGCGGUUAUUACAGUUGUUUCGAAUAAAAAAGACAAUGAUGACGGGGAAAAAACAGAAGAAUAUGGGUUUAAAAUCGAAUCACCAAUUCGAAUUUAUACGGAAACAUUACUUGUCAGUCUUCCCACUCCCGAUUUUAGCAUGCCAUAUAAUGUUAUCACGUUGACAUGUACCGUGCUUGCAUUGUUUUUUGGAAGUAUGUUUAAUUUAUUGACGAGGCAAUUUGUCGGAUUAUUAACGUUGAACGAUGAGAAAAUAAACGAGGAAAAACAAGAUGGGAAUAAAGAUGUUGAUAGAAGGAACGAGGAAGCAGAAAAGUAA